UCUUACGUCAUUGUGAGCGCACGUCCUGUUUUGACGGCUAGCUGGGCUGCAGCAGCAGCACCCCUGUUUGUUGUUGUUUCUGAAGACAAGACACAUGAGCGUGUCGCUGGUUGUUAUCCGCUUAGAAAUCGCCGACCAGUCUCCAGCCCCGCAAGGCUUCCGCUACUCUGCCGCGGGCGGCAUGUCGGAGGAGCAGCUGGGGGAUAAGUCGUUGGCGCUGGCCCGGCUGGCCCUGAGCGGCAAGACGGCGCAGGAGAGGAGCGCCGUCUUGCACCAACACAUGGGCAGCAGGUCCAUGGGGGACAUGGUCAUUGAGACCUUCGAACCCAGCCCAGAUAAAGGCGGCGGCCAAGACCCGGGAGGUUGCGGCGGUGAGGACGCAUCGGCGAGCGCGGCGCCCGACUCGCCUUCGGAGCAGCUGCCCCAGCAAAUCUCUUUCUUCAGCGGGAAUCCGUCGGUGGAGGUCGUGCACGGGAUCAUGCAUAUCUACAAGACCAACAAGAUGACGUCCCUGUCGGAGGACGCGUGUCGUAGCGCACUGGUGUGCAUCCUGACUGUCCCGGCCACCAUGACAAGUCACGACCUGAUGAAGCUGAUGGCGCCCUUCAACGAAGUCAUGGAACACAUGAAGAUUAUCCGGGACUCCACCCCCAACCAGUAUAUGGUGCUCAUCAAGUUCAGCACGCAGGCGGACGCGGACAGUUUCUACGCCACAUGCAACGGCCGCCGGUUCAACUCCAUCGAGGAGGCCGUUUGUCAGCUGGUCUACGUGGAACGCGCUGAGGUCAUCAAGUCCGAAGAGGGCGCCAGUUUACCGGUGAUGGAGCUCACGGAGCUCCCCAAGUGCACAGUGUGUCUGGAACGCAUGGACGAGUCGGUCAACGGGAUCCUCACCACGUUGUGCAACCACAGCUUCCACAGUCAGUGUCUCCAACGAUGGGAGGACGCGUCGUGUCCGGUGUGUCGCUACUGUCAAACUCCAGAACCGGUGGAGGAGAAUAAAUGCUUCGAGUGUGGCGUGCAGGAGAACCUGUGGAUUUGCCUGAUCUGCGGCCACAUCGGCUGCGGUCGCUACGUCAGCCGUCACGCCUACAAGCACUUUGAGGAGACGCAGCACACCUACGCCAUGCAGCUCACCAACCACCGUGUCUGGGACUACGCCGGAGACAAUUACGUGCACCGUCUGGUGGCGAGCAAGACCGACGGCAAGAUGGUCCAGUACGAGUGUGAGGGGGACACCUGCCAGGCGGAAAAGAUUGACGCCCUGCAGUUGGAGUACUCGUACCUACUGACCAGUCAGCUGGAGUCCCAGCGAGUCUACUGGGAGAACAAAAUUGUACAUUUGGAGAAGGAGACGGCGGAGGAGAUCAACAACAUGAAGGCUAAAUUUAAGGAAACUCUGGAACGCUGCGACAACCUGGAACGCCGGCUGGGAGAAAUCGGCAAAGACAAGCAAAGCGUGGAAAAGAAAUGCACGCAGCUGAGCGGCCGCGUGGGAAAACUUAGCCAGGAGCUGAAGGAGGAGCGGGAGAUGAACAAAUGCCUGCGAGCCAAUCAGGCGCAGCUCCAGAACCGACUCGCCGACGAGCAGCGACGAGCUAAAGAGAACAACGACGCCAAAGAGCGAGCUGUGUCCGAGCUGCGAGAUCAGCUGCGCGACGUCAUGUUCUAUCUGGAGACGCAGCAGCACAUCCAGCACCUUCCCGACGAGGCUCGCUGCGAAAUCCAGGAAGGACAAAUCAACGUGGCGGCAGGGCCCGCGGCAUACGAUGACGACGACAGCCCCGUGGACGCCGCCGCCGCCGCCAGAGGAAGGCGGGGCCGUGGCAGGAAGAGGAAGUAGAAGUACUUUUCAAACCCCGCGUGUGUAGAUAUGUCAUUUGGAAAUGAAUUUGUGACGCUUCUGCCCGCAUUUCCCCACCUGUGCCUUUGGGUGGCGCAGUCACGUGGCCGUUGUGCAGAGAGCCUUCAGUGACUGACGUUGCCGCUUUGCGCGUUUUAGUCUGUCACUGGUCUUCUACAAUCCUUCCCUCAUAAUACCCCAAGAAAAAAGUAUGGAAUCACCAGUCUCUGAUGAGCACUCACAAACUCGGAUAAAAAAACUUGAAAAAUAAUGAAUGAGUUCAAAAGUGCAACAGUUUAGCGUUCAGAAACACAAAAAUAAAUGAAUUAAAAACAUUGUGGUGGUCAGUAAACGUUACUUUUAUAGAGCAAGUGCAGGGAAAUAUACACUCACCGGCCACUUUAUUAAAAGGUACACCAUGCUAGUAACGUGUUGGACCCCCUUUUGCCUUCAGAACUGCCUCAAUUCUUCGUGGCAUAGAUUCAACAAGGUGCUGGAAGCAUUCCUCAGAGAGUUUGGUCCAUAUUGACAUGAUGGCAUCACACAGAUUUGUCGGCUGCACAUCCAUGAUGCAAAUCUCCCGUUCCACAACAUCCCAAAGAUGCUCUAUUUGAUUGAGAUCUGGUGACUGUGGAGGCCAUUUGAGUAGAGUGAACUCAUUGUCACGUUCAAGAAACCAGUCUGAGAUGAUUCCAGCUUUAUGACAUGGCGCAUUCUCAUGCUGAAAGUAGCCAUCAGACAUUGGGUACAUUGUGGUCAUAAAGGGAUGGACAUGGUCAGCAAUAGAGGUGAGAAUCUUUGGGCACCUAACAAUUCCAUUACAAUUAUUUCAGAGAGUCCGAUUUGAUUUUAAAUUAAUUAUUGAUGCCCCCUCCCCCCAUUUUUUUUAAAUGUUUUGUAUAUUUGUUCCAAAAUUGCUCAAAAAUCCUCUCAGGCUAAAUAAACCAAACUACUAUUUUUAGUAGAGGUGUGCCAAAUUUCCGAUUCUUAGAUUAUUUGCGAUUCGGCCGUGGAAGAUUCGAGAACAAUUCACAAACAUCCAAAUUCCGAUUAUUGAAAUUUGCCAAGUAAAGCGGAAGUACAACACACUCAGCGCGCCGCGGGUCUUCGGGACGCAAUGAGGAACGGAGCGAGAGUAGCUAAACAUCAUGCUUCUCAUUACCCGGCCCCUCGGGUAAUGCCAAUGGUCAACUCACGGCUCUAGCUCAACUCAUGCCACGAGAUAAAAAAACACAACAUACCUGACUGCUGCUGAAAAGUUGCUACAAAAGUACGUCAUUCACAUAAUGUUAUGGUAGAUAUCAUUUAUAUAGGACUAGAUGCAAUAUAGAUUCAGUAGCAUUAGCAACACAUCUACAAAAAGCUAGAUGCGGGCGUUAGUAAACGGCCGCCAUCUUAAAGCAGUACACUUCCCUGCAAGGCUGUUGUAGCGACCCUUCCAAGCAAACCUAAUUAACUUUUUAUCUAAAAUACUCCUAAAUCGGUAAAAUAUUGACUUGAAUCUAUCUUUAAAAUAGUUUUAAAACUUUCACAUGUUGAAAGUAGACAAAAGGGAAAUUAUGGAAUAACGGGAGCAAUUUUAACAACUUUACGGUUGAUUCACAACAUUAAUUGAAUGUAGUUUAAAGCUGCUGAUACAGAAUGGGGACUGGAGUUUUUUUAUUUACUGUUAUUUUUGUAUAUUUGUUUACUGCUAUAUGUUAACUUGAUACCGAAAUAGUAGUUUGGUUUAGCCUGAGAGUAUUUUUGAACAAUUUUGGUACUAACGUACAAAACAUUUAUUUAAUAAAAAAUUAAAACAAAAAUAAAAAAGGAGGGGGGUGCAUCAAGAAUCGUUUUAUAAUCGAAUCAGAGCCUCUGAAUCGUAAUCGAAUCGUUAGGUGCCCAAAGAUUCCCAGCUCUAAUUUUUAGUAUCAAGUUACUGGUUAAAAACAGUAAAUAAAAUACUCAAGUCCCCAGCAGCUUUAAACUACAUUCAAUUAAUUUAUGUUGUGAAUCAACUGUUAAAGUUGUUAAAAUUGUGCCCAUUAUUCCAUAAUUUCCCUCAUGUCUACUUUCGACAUGUGAAAGUUUUAAAACUGUUUCAUCAUUUAAAGAUCGAUUCAAGUCAAGAUUUUGCUGAUUUAGGGGUAUUUUAGAUAAAAAGUAAUUAGGUUCUCUACAACAGAGCCUUCUAGAGAAGUCUACUGCUUUAAGAUGGCGCCUGUUUACCAGCACGGGAAAGUGUCAUUUCACACCUAGUCUAGAUGUUGCCGUAUGUUUGUAGCAACUAGCAACUGGGCACUGUUUGUAGCGGCUGACGGCUGCAGUCAGGUAUUGUUUUUUUUAUUACCUAGCGGCAUUAGCUGUACAUGAUAUUUACUCUCGGUCUGUUCCUCAUUGCGUCCCGAAGACCGCGCUGACUGCGAUUUAUUUCCGCUUUGCCUGGUAUAAUUCAAUAACCAGAAUUUGGAUAUUUGUGAAUCGUUCUCGAAUCUUCCACGGCCGAAUCUCGAAUAAUCUAAGAAUCGGAAAUUUUGCACGCCUCUAGUCAGCAACAAUACUCAGGUAGGCUGUGGCGUUCCAACGAUGCUCAAUUGGUACCAAGGGGCCCAAAGAGUGCCAAGAAAUAUAUUCCCCACACUAUUACACCACCACCACCAGCCUGAACGGUUGAUACAAGGCAGGAUGGAUCCAUGCUUACAUGUUGUUGACGCCAAAUUCUGACCCAUCCGAAUGUCACAGCAGAAAUCGAGACUCGUCAGACCAGGCAACGUUUUUCCAAUCUUCUAUUGUCCAAUUUCGAUGAGCUCGUGCAAAUUGAAGCCUUAGUUUCCUGUUCUUAGCUGGCACCCAGCGUGGUCUUCUGCUGCUGUAGCCCAUCUGCCUCAAAGUUCGACAUACUGUGCGUUCAGAGAUGCUCUUCUGCCUACCUUGGCUGUAACGGGUGGUUAUUUGAGUCACUGUUGCCUUUCUAUCAGCUUGAACCAGUUUGGCCAUUCUCCUCUGACCCCUGGCAUCAACAAGGCAUUUCUGCCCACAGGAUUGCCGCUCACUCGAUAUAUUUUUUUUCCCGGACCAUUCUCUGUAAACCCUAGAGAUUGUUGUGCGUGAAAAUCCCAGGAAAUACUCAGACCAGCCCAUCUGGCACCAACAACCAUGCCACGUUCAAAGUCACUCAAAUCACCUUUCUUCCCCAUACUGAUGCUCGGUUUGAACUGCAGGAGAUUGUCUUAAACCGUGUCUACAUGCCUAAAUGCACUGAGUUGCCACCAUGUGAUUGGCUGAUUAGAAAUUAAGUGUUAACGAGCAGUUUUACCGGUGUACCUAAUAAAGUGACCAGUGUCAAGAAUCUUCAUUGGACAAGGUGAUGAUGCUGGAACUUUUGUCCUGUGCCGUUCCAGUGGGAUUUACAAAGAUGACUGCCUGAAGAAAACAUCAAAAUUCCCUCAGUCAUUGAUUAUAUGGGGCUGCAUGUCAGGCAAAUGCACUGGGGAGAUGGCUGUGGUUAAAUCUUCAAUAAAUGCACCAGUUUACAUUGAAAUUUUAAGACAGCUUUCUUAUCCCUUCAAAUGAAAAUGUCAUUUUUUAAGAUGACAAGGCAUCACGCCACAGAGCUAAAACUGUUAAAGCAUUCCUUGGAGAAAGACUCAUCCAGUCAAUAGCCCAGAUCUCAACCCUAUUGAAAACCUGUGGUGGAAAUUGAAAAAAAAAAAAAAGGUCAACACCAAGGCUCCAACUGGCAAGGAUAAUCUGGAAACUGCAAUCAAAGAGAGUUGGCACCAAAUUGAUGAAGAAUACUCAUCAAGUCCAUGCCUCAGAGACUGAAAGCUGUCAUUAAAGCCAGAGGUGGUGCUACUAAAUACUAGAGAUACGUUUUGAUUGUUAUUUCUUUGUUUGUUUCUAAUGAUUCCAUAUAUUUAUCAAAAUGGAGUGAUUACAUAUACAUUUCCCUGCACUUGCUCUAUAAAAUUAACAUUUACUGACCACCACAAUGUUUUUUAUCCAUUUAUUUUAGUGUUUCUGAAUGCUAAAGAGUUGCACUUUUGAACUAAUUAUUUUUUCAAGCUCUUUAUCCGAGUUUGUUCUACAUAAUGAAAUGUCUGAGCGAGUGCUCGUCUGAGACUGGUGAUGCCAUACUUUUUUGCUAGGGGUUGUAUUUCUGGUAGUUUUAUCUGGUAAUCUUUAAAAAAAAAAAAAAAAACAUGCUGAUCAAACACUGCUGCUAUGGAACUUGUAGAAACGACUUUAGACAUUAUGACAUGAUGUUUUCUUUAUACGUUUUCCGAUACCAAAAACUCUGAGGGGGGGAAAAAAAUGGGAAGAAUUGAUCAACUUGCGCGGAUGUUUUAACACCAGUAAGGUGAAGCCAUUCACAUUUCAUAUGCAGUAAACAUUUUGUUGGGGGGCAUGGUCCUUCAGAGGACGAGGAGGUAAGCCAUUUUGAUAUUUUUGACUUAUUUUUUAGUGUGGCAUUUUGCUGUGCUGCUUGUCUGAGAUUGAAUGACCUGAAGAAAAAAAAUAUUAAAAUGGUAUCUGGCUACCACUGUUACCUUUUCUGUUGUUAAAAAAAAAGAUUUAGUAAGGGGGAAGUGCAAGUAAAUUAUAGAAUAAAGAUUUGUAAUUAAUGAAAAAAUUAAAAGUGUUCGUUGGCUGUCGAGGAGCAUUUGCGAUCGCUACACAAAGAUUCCGAUUCUGAGAUGUAUUUGUCAUUGACACCAGCUCUCACAAGAUGGCAACAGAUACAACGAAAUUCCGUUCGAUGAGUAAGCAUCGGACCGCUGCAGAUGUUGUUCCGCGCCGCCACUUCUCUCUCCAGAAAUUACAGAGCAAGUUACAUACAUUGUAUCAUACAACAUUCCAUGGGUAUGACACGACGCACAGGUCACGCCAGGGAAUUUUUGUAAAUAAUAAUUAGAAACAAAACAUGAAUUUUAGGGGUGCACGAUAGCCAUUUUUUAAAACCGAUAUCGAUAACUUCCUGUUCCUCAAAGCUGAUACCGAUAACCGAUAAUAAAUGUAUAUAUAUUAGUGCUGUCAAACAUUUAAAAAUUUUAAUCGAGUUAAUUACAGCUUAAAAAUUAAUUAAUCGUAAUUAAUCGCAAUUAAUCGCAAUUCAAACCAUCUAUAAAAUAUGCCGUAUUUUUCUGUAAAUUAUUGUUGGAAUGGAAAGAUAAGACACAAGAUGGAUAUAUACAUUCAACAUACGAUACAUAAGUACUGUAUUUGUUUAUUAUAACAAUAAAUCAACAAGAUGGCAUUAACAUUCUGUUAAAGCGAUCCAUGGAUAGAAAGACUUGUAGUUCUUAAAAGAAAAAUGUUAGUACAAGUUAUAGAAAUUUUAUACUAAAACACCUCUUAAUGUUUUCGUUUUAAUAAAAUUUGUAAAAUUUUCAAUCAAAAAAUAAACUAGUAGCCCGCCAUUGUUGAUGUCAAUAAUUACUUACACAAUGCUCAUGGGUGCUGAAGCCUAUAAAAUCAGUUGCACCCAAGCGCCAGCAGAGGGAGGCAAAACUCCAUAAAACACAAUUAACAAGCAGUUCACUGUACUGUCAUUUAAAUCUGUCUGAGCGGGACAUCUGUGUUAAUUGCGUCAAACAUUUUAACGUGAUUAUUUUAAAAAAUUAACGCCCGUUAACGCAAUAAUUUUGACAGCCCUAAUAUAUAUAUUAUUAAAUAUAUAUAUAUUAAAUGUGUAACCUGGGUUUUUGAACACCUGGAGGUUUAAAAAAUAUAUAUAAAAAGUGGUGGAUUCAACAUAGAUUCCCCUUUAUGGUGUGGGGAUGGUGUGGCUCAGUGGUAGAGUAGUUGUCCCCACACCCCAGAGGUUGUGGAAAAGUGCUAUACAAGUAUAGCAUUAUACACCAUUUAUCUUAUCAGAUUUUUCAUAAUGACAUGAACAAAACAGUGCGUUUCAUUUCUGCACUGCCCGACAGUCAGCUAAGAAUGAAUGCACUUCCAUAAACCACAAGGCUUGGUCUUUUCUUGCUUUUAUGGGAAGACACUCGUCUUAAUAUUGUGAAAGUACAACAGAAAGAUACACAUAUUUUCAAUAGUCAAUAUACAACAAACUGCACAAUCCACUUAUAUACACAACUAUUAUAUGUAUAGCAUAGCACACUAGCUUAAGCUACUAAAGCAUUGGCUGGCUUCUAUAACUCAACUUAUGAAGUUCUGUACAUAUGACCCUUCACCACAGAAUUAAACAUUUUUCACAUCCAUAUGUAAUAGUAAACAUAAAAUACAUUUCCGAGGCGGAAACGUAACAGAAAGCAUUCACGACUGUCAAUGCGACCGCUAGACACCGCAAUGUGUAAGUGAUUGAACCAAACUACUGUAACAAAAAAUAGGUGCAUUGAAUUAUUCUGACCAGCAGGUGGGAGCAAUGCCCCGCAAAUGGUCAACUGAUUUUCCAUACUAUUGCUUAAUCUGCAAAGCCAGAACAGUACAUAUUAUCGGUCCUAUUAUAAAUGUUAUUGGAUUUAUCGAGAUGAUGUCAUAAUUAUCGUGCACCAGUAAUGAAUUUGGAUUAUUAUUUACAUCUGUAGCGCUGCAAUGCAUGCUAGGAGGCAUGUUGGAUGACAACAGUGUUGUCAGGUAGCAGCAGAGGUGGACGACUGUCUCCCUGAAGCGAGCAGUGAUGGCUAAAUGAACCUUAUUGAAGCAAUGAAGCUUUGCUGCCAAUUGGAUCAAAGCUUCAUGGUGUUUCAUUUGGUCUUAUGACAGUCUGAUGAUGCUGCUGUAAAAUAACAAGUUACCGGAUAAUAUUUUUUGGUAUAAAUAUUAGGGCUGUCAAACGAUUAAAAUUUUUAAUUGAGUUAAUUACAGCUUAAAAAUUGUAAUUAAUUGCAAUUCAAACCAUCUCUAAAAUAUGCCAUAUUUUUCUGUAAAUUAUUGUUGGAAUGGAAAGAUAAGACACAAGACUGAUAUAUACAUUCAACAUACGGUACAUAAGUACUGUAUUUGUUUAUUAUAACAAUAAAUCAACAAGAUGGCGUUAACAUUAUUAACCUUGUGUUAAAGUGAUCCAUGGAUAGAAAGACUUGUAGUUCUUAAAAGAUAAAUGUUAGUACAAGUAAUAGAAAUUUUAUAUUAAAACCCCUCUUAAUAUUUUCGUUUUAUUAAAAUUUGUAAAAUUUUCAAUCAAAAAAUAUACUAGUAGCUCGCCAUUGUUGAUGUCAAUAAUUACAUCAUGCUCACUCAUGGUGCAACACAUACAGUCAGUUGGACCCAAGUGCCAGCAGAGGGCGCCAAACACCAAAAAACAAGUAACAAGCGAACAUACCACUGUGCUGACAUUUUAAUCUGUUUGAGCGCGGCAUGUGUUAAUUGCAUCAAAUAUUUUAACGUGAUUAAUUUAAAAAAUGAAUUACCGACCGUUAACGCGAUAUUUUGACAGCCCUAAUAAAUAUUAGGGUUGUUCCGAUCAUGUUUUUUUGCUCCCGAUCCGAUCGUUUUAGUAUCUGCCAAUCCCGAUAUUUCCCGAUCCGAUUGCUUUUUUUUUUUUUGCUCCCAAUUCAAUUCCAAUCAUUCCCGAUAAUUUUUCCCGAUCAUAUACAUUUUGGCAAUGCAUUAAGAAAAAAAUGAAUAAAACGUGGACGAAUACAUACAUUCAACAUACAGUACAUAAGUACUGUAUUUGUUUAUUAUGACAAUAAAUCCUCAAGAUGGCAUUUACAUUAUUACCAUUCUUUCUGUGAGAAGGAUCCACAGAUAGAAAGACUUGUAAUUCUUAAAGGACAAAUGUGACUUUGUAUAUUGUGACUAAAUAUUGCCAUCUAGUGUAUUUGUUGAGCUUUCAGUAAAUGAUACUGUAGCCAUGCCCAAAUGCAUGAUGGGAAGUGCACCCAUGACUGUGCGUAGUGGUACUAAUUGAUAUAUCUUCUCUGCGUUGGGAAAUAACAGUGUUAAGAAAAAGAUCAAUUACUACUUUGCUUCCCCACGAUAUUUCUAAUCGUAGGGAGAGGGAUUGUAAGGCUUUAGCCAAUUAAAAAAAUGCUCCAAAGGCUGCCAAAAUUCACUCUACUCAUUUUACGCUGCCUUUUAGCUUUAUAUAUAAAGAUAAAACGGCGCCAUUACAGAUUGAACGCGACAAUGCGUGAGUGGGUUGUGCAGCGCAUGCGUUAAUUGCGUUAAAUAUUUUAACGUGAUAAUUUAUUUAAAAAAAAAAAAAUUAAUUACCGCCGUUAACGGGAUAAAUUUUCUAACCCUACCCUAAGCCUAAAGUAAAGACUCUGGAUGAGUGUAACAUAUUAUGUCUGUAACGUUAAAUACAAUUAAAAAAAAAAAAUAUAUAUAUAUAUAUAUAUAUAUUCGACCCUCGUGA